AUGCCGUAUAAAUCCCGCUGGACGAUUGACAUCCCAGACAUCCAUUUAGCCUCUCUUCUCCUUAAAUCCCCAACGGCGCCUCUUUCCAAGACACACAAGUGCUAUCUCGAAGCUGCCCGUCCAGAAACCCACUAUCUCGCCACCUAUGAUCUCCGUCUCUGGAGCCAGCGGUUCGCCGCCGGACUACGCAAAUCAGGACUCCAACGAGGAGACCGCAUCCUCCUCUUCUCCGGCAACGACCUCUUCUUCCCCGUAGUCUUCCUAGGCGUGAUAAUGGCCGGAGGAAUCUUCACCGGCGCGAAUCCAAGCUACGUAGCCCGCGAACUAGCCUACCAACUCCACGACAGCGGCGCCACGUACCUAAUCUGUGCUAGCAGCAGUCUGGAAACAGGCAUAGAAGCUGCCAAACAAGCCAAUCUCCCCCAAAGCCGCAUCUUCGCCUAUGACAGCUCCAUAUACAACGGUGUAACAAACCCGCAAAAGGGCUGCGCAUACUGGAGCGACCUCCUCGCCUCGGAAGAAGAAGGCCGCGCUUUCAUAUGGGACGAACUUAACACACCAGCUCUGUCGUCCCGCACACUGGCACUCAACUACUCCAGCGGCACAACCGGCCGCCCCAAGGGCGUCGAGAUCUCGCACAAGAACUACGUCGCCAAUAUGCUCCAGUACUGUCACACGGCAAGCCUGCGUCCGGACUACCAGGCCCGUCUUGCGCGUUCCCGCUGGCUAUGCUUCUUGCCGAUGUACCACGCGAUGGCGCAGAAUAUCUUCAUCGCGGCGGCGCUGUACCGUGCCACGCCGGUGUAUAUCAUGUCCAAGUUUGACUUUGUCAAGAUGUUAGAGUAUACGCAGAAAUUCGGGAUUACGGAUCUUAUCCUCGUGCCGCCGGUUGUUGUUAUGUUAGCGAAACAUCCGGCUGUUAAAGGGUUUGAUUUGAGUAGUGUUGAGUUGGUUGGAAGUGGUGCUGCGCCGUUGGGGAGGGAGGUUUGUGAGGAAGUUGAGAGGUUGUGGCCUCCCGGGAAGAUUAAUAUUAAACAAGGAUGGGGAAUGACUGAGGCGACUUGCUCGGUUACGGGUUGGAACCCUUGCGAGAUUAGUACAUCUUCGUCUGUCGGUGAGCUCAAUGCCAAUUGUGAGGCGAAAAUCAUGUCGCUUGAUGGAGCCGAGGUGAAAGAGCGAAACUCGCGUGGCGAGUUGUGGGUUCGCGCUCCCAAUGUCAUGAAAGGCUACUGGCGCAACGAGAAGGCCACUAAAGAGACGAAGACUGCGGAUGGUUGGCUCCGGACGGGCGAUAUUGCCUUUGUGGAUGACGAUGGCAAAAUUCAUGUUGUGGAUCGAAUGAAGGAAUUAAUCAAAGUCAAAGGCAAACAGGUGGCGCCCGCCGAAUUAGAGGCUCUUCUACUUGAACAUCCGGCGAUAUCAGACGUCGCGGUGAUCGGUGUUAUCGUCGAGAGCGAUGAGCGCCCUCGCGCAUAUGUGGUUCUUAAACCGGGCCAAUCCGCCACUUCGAACGACAUCGCGCAUUUCCUGGAUAACAAGGUUUCCCCGUUUAAGCGGAUUACCGGCGGAAUCGUAUUUCUCGAUGCGAUACCUAAGAAUCCAUCAGGCAAGAUUCUUCGCAUGAAACUCCGCGAGCAGGCCAAGGAGGAGCUAAAGAGUGUCGCUGCGAGACUCUAG